CAGGCACCAGUUGGAGUAUGCAUAACCCGUAGGGGCAAGAGGAAUGGAAAACAUGUAUUUCCUUGAAAAGGAAAAAAGGAAUCACAAAACGUGAAGUUGAAACAUUUAUUGCAGCAAUGAAAGCCCAAGAUAUCAUCUGGAUUCUGCUCAUGAACUCCACUCUGUUGGAUGUUGCAGUCUCAAACAAAACUGUUAGAAAACACACGAGUGGCCAACUAGAAACUCUAGCUGCUCUGACAGUCACUAAGUCCAUCCAACAAUUGGAUAUGCAUACAAGUAUGGACAUUGAGAAUUUUACAAGAAAUGGUAGACUGCAAGAUACUGUUACACAAACAAGUGUUAAAUCUGGUGAAAGGAGUAUUACACAAUCUAGCAAAAUUAAUGUAACUGAGGCAGAUAAUGAUAUUUCUGUCACAGAGGCAUCUAACAAUAAUACAAUGGAAUCAGACAAGGAAAUGCUUAUCACAGAGG